AUGCCUGCUCCGCCUCAUCCUCCGAUCCAACUACAUUACGAGAACAAGCCGCAGUACGAGCCCUCUCCAGCAAUGGGAUACCCUCCAGUGCAGCAGCAGCAGCAACAACCACCACCUUCUCAAGCCACAGGAUACCCUCCAGUGCAGCAGCAGAACCAACAACCUUCUCAAGCAACUGGUUACCCUCCAGUGUACCAGCAACAACAAUCCUCUCAAGCAUACCCUCCAAUGUACCAGCAGCAACGAGAAUUUGCGGCAUAUCAACCUCCAUCCCAGGCACAGGCACAAGAACCAGCCGCAUACGCUGCUAUUAGCCCCACGAAGCAACCGGGACAAAACAUUCAGGGUGAUCCUUCAGGUGCCCACGAAGGAGCAUACCCACCCCAGUAAAACAUCAAGCCAUCUGCAGCUUGGAGAAGGUGGAGGAGCUUAUAGAGAUUGCAGGUCUAUCAUUUUUCUACACACAUCUUUCCAGUCUGCAAGAGCUGGUGCAUCUCUGCGACCAGCUCAGCCUGCAGGCUUGGCGGUAGCUAGAUCGGUGAGGCAUUUUGAUGUUGAAGCAUAGGACGACAUCAGGUGCACUUGGACAGGAUCAUACUCAAUCAUGAGGGUGGAUUAAUUCUCCAGUUUCAAAGGCCUCGUGUACUGAAGUUGAAUCGAAAUUGGACAGUCAGGAAAAAACAGAUGAUGGGAUUUCAUCAUCCACUCAAACUAAUUGUACACCUGUGAAAUUUCAACACUCACUCUUGUAGCAGCAGAGGUCCGUUGGUGAAAGUUAUUCAUUGUUGUACAGUUUCUCACAGAGUAGAGGUCUGCAUCUGAGAUAUGGCAGAGUCAGUUCUUUCUUGGAAGAGAAUCUGCUCUGUUUAUUCGGAUUGGUGAGACUCACUGAGGCCCGCCAAUUGAAGACAUUGUUUCCUAGAAAAACAUCUUCAGGAUUGGAGGGGCAAUUCUCCCCUCGCUGCGUUCAGUAGUUCAUUACCGGAAUAAGUUUGGAAUAAAGGCCCACAUUGGUGCAAGGUGUCCUGACAGCUUAUCAAAAUUAAUGGAGGAGGUCUCUCGCGACCUCCUCCCUUUGUAUGUUUUAGGGAUGGU